AUGAAAAAAGAUAAUCAUUUGAUUAACUAUCUUUGUACAACUUCAAAUAAACUUACAAAAUGUGCUCAUUUUAGACAAAAAAUAAAGAAAAUUUUACGACGUAAAAGGAUCAUUCGUCAAAUAUGUUGUAUGCAUAUAAAAGUGGCACGUCUUAGUGAUACAGAUAUUUUAAGUAAUCCACUUUAUUAUUUUAUCAAAAAAAAAUUUUUUAAAAAAAUUAUAAGAAAUAUCAUAGAUAAAGAUUGUAAAUCAAUAAUUAGAAAGAUUUCAAAUGCUACAAAUUCAUCAAUUAACUGUUCUGAAACAAAUUUUUUACCUGUUAAUUAUAUAUCUUCAGGGCUACAAAAUUUAUUACAAUACAAUCCAGUACAAUUUGUGAAUGAAAUCAAGCGAUUAAAUAAUAUAAUUAACAUAACUACAUAUUCUGUUGAUUCUAGUAAUAAUGAUAGUAGAAAAAUUAGAUUAGCAAGAGAAGUCAUUAGAUUGGAAAAUAUUGUUUCUGGAAUAUUAGUAGAUGAAAUACUUCAUGCUAUUUUUAAUGUUGAUUCAAUUUUUGGACCAAUAUUUGAUGACUCCUAUUAUAGUGAUAUUGCAAUUGAACCUGAAACAUUAUUAUUCUUUAAACCUGAGUUUACUGAAGAACUUACUUGGACAACUGUUUUAAAUAAUUUUAGAGACAAAUUAUCAAAAAAGUCUUCAUGUUUUAUUAUUAAAAAAACCAAUAAUUAUGAGGAACAUUACAGUGAUUUAGAUUAUAAAUUCACUAAAAAUAAAAGUUUAAAAUAUGUACAUCCAAUAUGUAAAAGUAUGGGUUAUAUUGAUAACUUUAUGUAUGAGAGUAUUCAAGAAAAUGAACAAUAUUUAGAAGAUGUUAUUAAUAUAAAAACUGAAAGAAUAUUUAGUAAUUUUUUUCAUGAAAUACAAAAUGAAUAUUUUGAAAGAAGAGAUGAAAGAAUCAUUGAAAUGAUUAUUAGCUUUAAAGAAAGAGUUGUAUAUUCAAAUAGUUUACUCAAUGGUAUUAUUAAUUCAUAUUAUGGUAAUAAAAGAAUAUCUAAAUUAUGUAAUGAAACUUUUAAUGAAGAACAUGAAAUUAAGAUAUUUUUUCUAUCAAAGAUGUCUAUUUCUGAAUGGCAAUUUGGCUUAUUUUUAGAAAAACACAAAAUAACUAAUUUUAAAUUAACACGUUUUGAUAAUGCAUAUUCAUUUAGAACACAUUAUGCUAGUGACUUAUAUAAAUUUAUUGAUAUAUUUAAUAAAAAAAGAGGAACAAUUAAGCUACCUUAUAUGAACGAUGAUAUUGAAUAUCAAAUUACCUUUCCACGUUCAUUAACUUUAAAUGAAACAUAUUCACGUGAUAAAAUUAUGUUUACUCAAAGAUCUAAAUACAUGGAUAUGAUUAACUAA